UUGAAUCAACAUUACGUGUUUUCUGUUCAAAUUAGUCAAACAAUAUUCAAAAUGUCCCAGUCAAACUUGGUUUUGUGGAAAAAAGAAGGAUCAGCAGAUUCAGAUUUAUACAUUGACUUAUUUGCUGGUAGAGGUUAUGGAAGACAUACGAACAUAGUGAAAGUAAACGUUGGGGAAUUCAGGGAAUUUACUGACAGUUCGGCUAAAAUCUGGUUACAUGCCUUAGAUCGUAAAAAUUAUGAAAAGGCUGAAGCGGAGCGUGAAAAAGGUAAUGAGCUGUUUGGGCAAGAAAAGUAUUUUGAAGCCAUGAUAAAAUUCAACAAUGCACUGAGAUUGGCUCCAAGUGACUCAAAAGAAUUGAGUCUGGCAUACGCAAAUCGUUCAUCAUGUUUUUUCUAUUUGCGAAUGUUCGAAGAGUGUCUAAUCGACAUCGAAAUGGCCAAGAAGUCGAAUUAUCCAGUGAACCUGAUGCAUAAAUUAGAAAAUCGUGUAGUGCAGGUGAAGAGUUUGAUGGCACGUGGACAAAUUCAAAUGAAUGGAACACGUCCUCGCGAGCCAGCGUUGAGUUUCGGCGAGCAUAAAGACUUCUCUGGAGUGGCUGAGUGCUUGAAAAUUGAGAAAAAUGAUGAAUUUGGCCAUCAUGUCGUCACCACGCACGAUCUUAAUGUGGGUCAAACGAUUUUAAUUGAACAACCAUACUCAAUUGCUCACACAGAAUCGAAAUCAAAGCGCCGUGAUCGUUGUAUGCACUGCUUCAAAGAAUGUAGGAACUUUAUACCAUGUCCAAAUUGCGUGAGUGCACUUUAUUGCAAUGAGGAGUGUAUGGAAAAGUCAUACCAUAAAUACCACUGUGUCUUGUGGGUUCCUGAGCCGGAUAAAAAUAAAUUCCGGCUCGUUUUGGAAACAUUCUUCAAAAUAAACGAAGCUUUCCCGGAUAUCGAUGUAUUGAUGACAACAGUUGAGCUUCUGCUGAAAGGUGAACCGGUGACUAAUUUGACAAGUGCUGAGCAAAAGCAAUUUUGUCUAUUUUUCCGAUUGAUUACAAACCACGAAAAAAUGUCUGACCAACAAGCUGAAAAGCUACGCAAUAUAGCUAAUGAUUGCUUUUUCGCUGUUGCAUUGUCGAGUCCGAAUUUGAAGGGAAAGUUCAAACGAUCGAAACAUCGCAGAUUCUUGCAACAUUUUAUGCUGCAUCUAUGUCACAUAUGUGAGCAUUCAUAUGAUAUGGACGAGUUUUUCAUGAAAAACGACGACGAAAGUGCGGUUGACUACAACAUCAACCAAUAUGCAAAUGGAAUGUACUUAUUCGGCAGCUUUAUUAAUCAUAAUUGCGUACCAAAUGUGCUUCGUUACAUGGUAGACGAUCAGCUGAUUUGGCAAGUGAUUCGACCCGUUAAAAAAGGCGAACAACUAUUUCGAUCGUACAUUUUGCAACCAAUUGUUAUGAACGAAGUUUCACAAAUAAGGCAAGGGAGAAUGCUGGUGAAAUAUCAUUUCAAAUGUGAAUGCAUUAUGUGCUUAUGCGAAAUGCAAAUAGAACCUGAGGUUAAUUUCACAGAGUAUCCGACAUUGAAAUUGGGCUUGAAACCAGCUUUUAUGACGGUUGAAGAGUUUCGACAAUUAACACUCGGAACAAUUGAAAAUUAUGAAGAAAAUGCGAUCGAGUUUUUGCAAGAAUACGAUCGUUUCCAUCCCAAUAGUGCAUCUAUAUUACUUCAAAGAGUCUGGAUCGUUAUUUGGAACUUUCUUGUCACACGAUUUGAACUCAUACCAAGGGAAAAAUGUAUAAUAAUGGUGCCUCUCCCCAUUCUCCGAUACAUGUCAGGCAAUCCGACUCACUUAGAAAAUGUGUAUUGGCUAUGAUUGAUUCUAAAAUAAUUGUAAAUCUGCUUUAAAUUUGUACAGAUUGAUUGAAUAUAUAAUCUCAAUUAUGAAUCAAUUUCAUCAUUUAUUAUCUCCAAAAUGUUUCGUAUUGAUUCGUGAGACUCGCUGGACACAUGAGCUUUUCGCAAAAUUAAAGAUACCAUGCCAACAGAAUAUUUCGACUUCUUUCGAAAUUCCAUAAAUUUUGCUCGAAAAAAACCGACUGCGAUUGGCUGUUUGCUACUUUUUUUUGUUAACAUUUGGGAAAUAAUGAUAAGAAUCGCGAUAAGAUUUGUAAAACUAGUUAAACUACCAAAAUAUUGAAAUACCCUAGGCAUUUGGAAAUAAUUGCUAUAAUGCGGUUGCAUUUUCGAGUCCAAAUCUACGGGAAAAGUUUAAACAACCGAAACAUCGUCGUAUUUUGCAACAUUUUAUGCUACAUCUAUGUUUUUUAUGUAAUCAUCCAUAUGAAAUGAGGGAAUUUUUGAUGAAAGGCGAAGAAGAAAAUGCUAUGGAUUACGAUGACAACACAUGUGCAACUGGAAUGUAUUUAUUUGGAAACGUUAUAAGAAUCGAUGCGUUUACUGCUCCAAAUGUGAUUGAUAUUAUGGUUGAUGAUCAGCUGAUUUGGGAAGUGCUUCGACCCAUCAAAAAAGGCGAACAACUAAUACGACCAUUUACUGUUCUACCAUUUACUGCAAAAGAAGAAUCGGUAAUAAUGUCAAGAUUGGCAAUAAUAGAAGAAUCAUUCCCCGAUCUGAAACACGCUUUGAAACCAGCUAAGAUGACAAUCAGAGAAUUUCGGAAACUUUCACUGGUAACAAUUGAAGAUUUUGAAGAAAAAGCGAUUGACUUUUUGCAAGAGUACGAUUUCAUGCAUCCCAGUAGCCCAACGCAUUCACUUCAAAAGACCUGGAUUGUAAUUUGGAAUUAUCUUCUUACACGAUUUGAAUUUGAACCUUUGAAAGUGUAAAAUUCCCCAUAAAAAUUAUAAACUGGAAUUAAGUCUUCUUCUUAAGUCUAACUACAGAAAUCGAUUGGGAUUUCACUCAAGUUGUAACAUGUUCUCAGAACGAAGCAAAUUGAUCGCGCAUUGACAACUAUUGCUAAUGACAUUUUCAUUGUCGCCUUCUAAGUAAAUGAUAAUACAUUUUACAAUUGAUAAGAAUGUAUUUCACAAUAUGCCGCAACCUGUUAAUACGUGUUUAGAUCAAGUUAAAACUCGAUUCAAUAUAAUAUGUUAGUAACUGUUGAAACUCAGAAAAAAAAAUUUAUUGGAUCAUAAUAUGUCUUUAAUUAUUUUUAGAACAAAAAAAACAAGCCAUUUA